GCCUAAAUUCUCUCUCUCUAUCUCUCUCUCUCUCUCUCUCUCUCUCUCUCUCUCUGUAUUACACUAGGAACAUAUUCAUCACUCCCUCGGCACCAAUUUGUCUUGUGUUGCAGUGAUUUCUACUCAACUUCUUCAUCACCAAACUUGAAAGUCCAGCUCCUGAAAUGAGUUCUACUAAAAUCACCAUUAGCGGCGAUGAUGGUCCUGGAGAGAUGCAUGUGAAGUUGGAGCCAGAUUUGAUUGGAAAAUCAAUGCAACAGCAGUCCCCCAAAACUGAUUUAUCUCCUUAUCAGGGAUCAAAUAGAAGUUUUAUGGGGCAUGAAUCUGAAGAGAUUAGAAAUUCGAGGGCUCUAAGUACUCCAUAUAGUGGCAAAAGUGUCUUGGACCCAGAGCUGUCUCCAGAUGAUGAUUCAAGCCUUUGCUCCACCUCACCUAUAUGCCCAGCACCCCUCUGUCGGCAGUUCUGGAAAGCUGGAAACUACGAUGACAGGCUCGCUUCUAAGUCAACCCUUCAAAAUGGCACAAGUUAUCUUCACAUUCAUCCCAAAUUUCUCCAUUCAAAUGCCACUUCACAUAAAUGGGCCUUUGGUGCCAUUGCUGAGCUGCUUGAUAAUGCUAUUGACGAGAUUCAAAAUGGGGCAACGUUUGUCAUUAUAGAUAAAGCAUUAAAUCCAAGGGAUGGAAAUCCGGCUUUGUUAAUUCAAGAUGAUGGUGGUGGAAUGGACCCAGAAGCAAUGCGGCGUUGCCUGAGUUUUGGAUUUUCAGAUAAGAACUCGAAAACUGCUAUUGGACAGUAUGGAAAUGGGUUUAAGACCAGUUCUAUGAGACUUGGGGCAGAUGUUGUUGUCUUCAGCCGCCGCGCCAAGAACAGGAAAUUGACACAAAGCAUUGGUCUUCUAUCAUAUACAUUUUUAAUGCAAGCAAAGUACGACAGAAUAGUGGUCCCUAUGGUUGACUAUGAAUUCAACAAACAAACUGGCACAUGGAAUUCAUUACACAGUGAACAACAUCUUAAGAAUAACCUUUCCAUAUUGUUGCAGUGGUCUCCAUUUUCUUCAGAAGCGGAACUUCUGAAGCAAUGUGAUGAUGUUGGCCAUCAUGGCACCAAGAUACUAGUCUACAAUUUAUGGCAUAAUGAUGAAGGGAAAAUGGAGCUCGAUUUUGAGUCAGAUCCUGAGGAUAUUUGUAUUUCUGGGAAGGCGAAAAAUACUGAAAAAGUGGGCACUCGCAAGGCCAUUAACGAACAGCACCUUGCUAACCGUCUUCCCUAUUCACUCCGUGCAUAUUUAUCUGUAUUGUACUUGCGAGUUCCAGAGAACUUUUGCAUACUUUUGCGUGGACGAGUUGUUGAGUAUCAUAACAUUGCUAAGGAUCUCAAAUUUCCAGAGUUUAUACUAUACAGACCUCAGAAUGUGGAGGGUUCAGUAAUUACGACAAUUGGAUUUAUAAAGGAAGCUCCAAAUGUAAAUAUUCAUGGUUUUAAUAUCUACCACAAGAAUCGAUUAAUACUGCCAUUUUGGCACGUUGUAAGCUAUUCCUGCAACAGAGGCAAAGGGGUUGUGGGAGUUCUGGAAGCAAAUUUUAUUGAGCCGACUCACAGUAAACAAGACUUUGAGAAGACACCAGUUUUCCAAAAGCUUGAAACUCGUCUGAAAGAAAUGACACAAGAAUACUGGGAUUAUCAUUGUGGCCUCAUUGGUUAUCAUCAAGUUAAAAAAAAUCCUCCUGCAACAAUGACUUCAAAUGGUUCUUUUAAUUCUAGACAAGAUAGUGGUAUGUUUCAACCCGUUGUGUUGAGUAGGGACUCCCCAGGUUCAUUUCAUCAAAAUUCACUAGGUGAACCUUUAAAAAGGAAAGAACUUGAUCACGCAGUAGAGCCUGGAAGGGUGAAAUGGAAGGGAGUUGAGUCUAGAACAACUGCCACUGCACACAAGCAAGAUGCACAGCAUGCUACUGGCCCUGCAAAUCAGAUGGUAGAUCAAGAAGCUGCAAUCAUAAUGGAAGAUAACCAAACACUCCGUGCUAAAUGCCAGGAGUACGAAAAGAGGGAGGAAGAACUCAAUGAGAAGGUGAAUCGUCUGAGGAAGGAGAUAAAGGAUGCACAACACGAGUAUGCUCGAUUACUGGUUGAGUCGAAAUUAUUGGAGAAAGUUAAACGAGAAAAUAAGAAGUAACUUAGACUAGUCGUGCUUCUCAUUCUUCCUUUGUAAAUGAUUGUGUUUUCCUCGCUUGAAAUGCUGUUUUGGUUUACCUUUCCUGUCUAGGAAAUUCUGCUGAGAAACGCACA